AUGGGAAAAGUGGCGCGGAAUGCUAACAUAACCUCAUUGGUAUUGUCUCUCUCUUUUUUGUUUGUUUCUGAUUUGUUCACUACCUCCCUCCCUCCCUCCCUCCCCUCUCUCUCUCCCUCUCUCUCUCUCUCUCUCUCUCUCUCUCUCUCUUUUCUCUUCUGGUUUCUCUUUUCUUUUUUAAUCUUAUAUUUCAUUAUUGUCUUCUCUCUCUCCCCCACCUCUCCCUCUUUUCUCUCUGAUUACUUUCCCAUCUUUCUCAUUCUUAUCACUCGCUUUCAUAAACGCUACAUCAUACCUUUCUCUUUUCUCUUUUUCCCUCGUCUUCUUUUUCAUCCCCUCUUCUUUCCCUCUCUCUCCUCCCUCACCCCCUCUCUCUCUCUCUCUCUCUCUCUCUCUCUCUAUUUUUCUUUUCUUUUCAUACCACUCUUUUGUACUUCCCUUGACUUCUACCACAACGUUCUGCAAUAUAGUGCCUUAUCUCAUUCUGGCUAUGAUAAGCUAAUUUCAUUAUUCCUAAUCAUCCGAGACAUAAUCCUUUCUAAUCCAACUGGAUUUAUUCACGAUGACGAGACUCGAUCCCUCGGUCAGUCAUAA